GUGUGCAGAGCUGGACAGCAGGACCUAGGCGGGUUCGCAGCCUGCAUCCCUACCGGUAGCUCUGGACAGCGUCCUUGCCGGUCGCUACUCUUAGAGGCGCUUUCUCAGAAUGGAGCAGUUUCCUUUAGGCCGUAGGGACCGCAGCGGCGGCUGCCGACCCCACUUGGCUCCUGGGCUGCGGGCCGCUCCAACUGCAUCGCCCGCGCGCCCGGUGCCGUCGGGGAUCCCGGUGUCCGCGGCUUUUCUGCGGCCGCCCGGCCUGUUCCUGCGAUCGGCCGCCAGCGCGGGUCGCGGAGGAUGCCCCCCCGGCCCGGGGCUGGAUAGGGCGCUGGGGGCGGUGGGCUGCGGCUACCCGCGGACCCCGAAGUGCGCCCGCUGUCGCAAUCACGGCGUGGUGUCUGCGCUCAAGGGCCACAAGCGCUUCUGCCGCUGGCGGGACUGCGCGUGUGCCAAGUGCACUUUGAUCGCAGAGCGCCAGCGCGUCAUGGCGGCGCAGGUGGCGCUGCGCAGGCAGCAGGCACAGGAGGAGAGCGAGGCCCGUGGGCUGCACCGGCUCCUGUACUCCGGGCCAUCGGGGUCCGAGGCUCCGGCGUCGGGGGGCAGCGGCAGAAACGCGAGUCCCCAAGCUGUACGCAGGCCUGAGGCUAUGGCUGUGCUCGGAGCGGGUGCUUCUAGGCACCCCGGGAGCCGAGAGGUACCCGCUUUCGAGGUUUUUCAGCAAGAUUAUGCGGAGGCAAAGCAGGAGCCCCAAGAGAAUAACUGUGAGUCAUGCCAGAACAGACAUGAAGAACUAGUCUCCAACACUCACCACCAUUCUCUGGAAUCAUCUCCUAAGGGUAAUGGUACCAUGGAGAAACGGGGCUUCAUGUCAUCUAUUUCAGAACACUCAGACAAACCCACCAUAAUCCUGUCUCCUUGCCCCACGGAGCAAUCAGGAGGAGAAGACAGUCCCAGGUCCUUCUCUUCCUCUGACCUGGAAUCAGGGAAUGAAAGUGACUACAUUGCCACCAGAGCCAGCCUUCCCACGGUGACCUCAAGACCACGAGACCCUAUUGGAAUUCUCACCAGGAUUUUUCCAGGUUACAGGCGUAGCCGCCUAGAAGGCAUUCUACAGUUCUGUAAGGGAGAUGUUGUCCAAGCUAUUGAACAGAUCUUAAACGGGAAAGAACAUAAGCCAGACUGCAGGGACCCAGCACACGCAGAGUUGGAAAACGCAGCCUUCCAGAGAGCUUCAGAUUUUAGUCUUGCUGGCAUUGGCUUUGGGACUUUAAGUAAUAAAUCAGUUCUCUCUCCCCUUGAAGCCACGUCUGCUGCUUAUGGAGGAGAUUCAAGUCUUUACAGUUUCAGUCCUAGACUAGCUUUCAGCCCACUGCGCCUGGCAUAUUCUUCUCCAGGAAGAGCGCUGUCUGGUUUUGUGUCGCCCUACCUAACGCCUGGACUGGUUCCAGCAUUGCCUUUUCGGCCAGCUUUGGAUUACUCCUUUCCAGGGAUGAUUAGGGAGCCAUCCCACCUUCCCAGCAAGCACUUAGUAACCGGUGGUAGACUUUAUUUCAGGCCCAAUCAGGAACAUCUGUAACAUAUCAGCUCUAACAUUCUGUGGUGUUUCUGGAAUCAUAACACACAUGCGCACGCGCGCGCGCGCGCGUGUACACACACACACACACACACA